AUGCAACAGAUCUCAGUGGAGAUUGGAAAGUGCUUGUCGGAGGAUGGAGUUGUGUCAUUGUUGAUGAAUGAAGAAGUGAAUCCAAACCUGGAAGUGGCAAUUAAAAAAAAAAGUCCCUUCAUCACUCUGGGAGCUGAGACGUCCAAGUGUCACAAAAGAGAAUUUCUCAAUGAGGAACUGGUCAGCGAGGGAGAAAAAUACCCUUUAAAAAUACUUCCUGCUAGAAGUCAAAUGAGGCCCUGGCAGGAGACCAGAGGGAAAAAGGAGAGAGAGGUUUGCGUCUUUCGUGACAGCUGUGCUUCUUCUCCACCAUGGAGGUUCCCAUCAUGUUCUUUGAAGCCUUCUGGACAACCAUCCCCACCUCUGCUAGUUCGGGGGUGUCGUGGCUUCACACUGCUGCUGGCCCAGGAGCCUCAGUUCCAGCCCCAAUCUGUAAAAGGCAAGCACAUUGUGCUGCUGUCAUGA